UCACCGCCGCCGCAACCACUGUCCAAGCGUGACAAAAGACGCAACAACAUCACCGACAAGCUUGCCGACAUGAUCCAGACCUUCACUCAAGACCAGCACCAGCACUACCGCGCUCAGCUGCAGGCCAUUCAGGUCGACAUGACCAUGAUCCUGAGAGCGAACCCUUACGAAAACAGUCCACUUGACGAUUCAGCCGAGGAUGUCGAGCGAGAGAUUGAAAAUGUCACUGGCGGCAGCUUGCCAAACACGGACGCUGCUGUCAAGGACUACCUUGCUCUGGCCGGCAAGAGAUACCACGAAUACGUCCAGCAGAUCAACCAUGCUCUAGAGCAACGCGACGCUGAUCUGACAGCUUUGCAAAACCGUUACGACGCCGCAGUCGCCGAGUUAGAAAAGAGCUCGAGUUACAAGGUGCAGGUUGCCCAACGCGAGCAUCUCGAGCUAGCGACUACCGUUCGCAGCCGUCUGAUCAACAGUGUCACCAAGAAGCGCGACAAGCUGUUGCGCGAAAAAGAGCAGCUCGACAUUGCAGACAAUUCUGCCUUGUUCUUCCACCCAAGUCAAUUCACCGUCAACAUCCCUCAAAGCCCCGGCGGCCUUCAGAGCAACCGCAAGACUCGUCACACCCGUCAUCGUAUCGGAGAGACCGAUGUAGAGGGCCAGAGAAAACGAAAGGCCCCUGCCGACGAGGAAGCCGCCGACUCACCAGCACCAUCUUUCCGUCCUCUGCAGAACGACAGCAAUGGUGCCGCAUCGCCCUUCCAUGAAGCUCGCACAAAGACCCUCUAUACACAAUACGAAGCACCCGCCUUCUCGAUCGACCGUCUGUUCACCGAGAAAGAGCUGGCCCAUGCCACCGUUGUUGCUCAACUCGCGACACACCACUUCUUCCACCAACCUCAAGCCAACCAGCAGAGCACUGAAAACCCUUCGUCGCUCGCGUCUGUCGAUGGUGCGGCAGAUGCUGUCGUUGGUCCUCCGGCCAUCACCACCGAGAUGGACGAUAUUGUCGCAAAUCAACCCAAUGCCUCACCACCGCCGACACAAGCCCCCGAGAUGGAGCGCAAUAUCUCUCAUCAUGCUACUCGUGGCGCUACUAGAGCCAAUCCGCUGGCUGCUCUGUCAGAAGCCGCCGCUCUCACCUCGACCAGCACAAAUCCCUUCGUACCAGUCUUGAUCCCCAUUACAAAGACAGAUAAGGGCGCGCCUACUCCACCAGGUGUAAGCUCUGGUGAAGUUGACAGCGAUAUUGCACUCAUGCUUAAAGAG